AUGCAAGCGGAGAAGGAAGUGCUGCAGUGGGAGCUCUUCUUCCGCAGACGCAGGGGCGUCACCAUCAACAGCAGCAGCAGCAGCAGCAACAGCAGCAGCAGCAGCAGCAGCGACUUCGGCGCAGCAGUGAAGGGACAGCUGAGGCUGCAGCUAGAGCACGCUGCAGCUGCCUCUCCGCAAGCACGCAAGCAGCUAAAGGCAGCUCGAGCAGCAGCAGCAGCAGCAGCAAGAGGGACUAAGGCCCCGCUGCAGCUCUGGGCAGGCCCCAGCAGUGCCCCAAUUAGCCUGGCUUCAGCUGUGCUGCAGCUGCCCCCUGCAGCAGCAGCAGCAGCAGCAGCAGCAGCAAUGGGCCGGCCCAGACCUUCUCCGCGACGCCCGCAAAAGAUGUCAGCAGCAGCUCCUGAUGCUGCUGCUGCAGCCCCGCCAGCAGCACGAGCUGGAGCAGCAGCAGCAGCAGCAACAGGCGCAGCAGCAGCUGGUGCUGCACUUAGCGACCUGAGGAGCCCCAGCAAGCGAAACUCGCUGAGGAGCUGCUGCGCUAUUUGCUGCAGGCCUCUUGCUGCUGCUCCUGGUAAUCGGACUGAGUUUCAUUUGCCUUCCAAAGCAGCAGCAGCAGCAGCAGCAGCAGCGGCAGCAGCAGCAGCACAUGAUGAUUCAGACGCAGCAGUGAACACGCCGCGUGCUGCUCCCAGAGGGUCGCCGCAGCAGACAACCCCAAGGACCUUCGCUUCAGCAGCAGCAGCAACUGCGCCGGAAGCCGCGGUUGCUGCUGCUGCUGCUGCAGAAUUGGAACAGGAGCAAGAACAGCAACAGCAGCAGCAGCAGCAGCAGCAGCCGGAAAAGAUCGUGGUAUUUUGGUGUGGCCACUGCAUGCACAGCAGCUGCUGCGAACGGAGCAACGGCUACCUUGAAAACAGCAGCAGCAGCAACAGCAGCAGCAGCAGCAGCACCGCCUCCGAUGACAUGAAGCUGUCUUGUGCUUUGUGCGCAUUUGCUGCUUCUGCUGCUUGGAGGGGGACGUGGGGCCCCACUGGCUGCUGGGGAGCAGCAGCAAACAGCUGCCUUGCUGCUCUCCCCGCAGACAGCUAG